AUGCACAGCAAUGGACGAGCCCAAGACGAGCCCGAGGACGACGUGUUUGCUGAAGGCUCGAAAUUCGUGUCGCUGAACAAUGUGUCGAUCACGGGUGGUACUAAGCGCCAGACCCGUGCGAGGAAACCUAAAGAAGUGCGGAAGGGGAAGCGUUCUACUUUCGUCCGCACGGGCAAGAAAGGCCGCGCUGAUGCACUUGGUGAUGGCGGUUGUGGAGCAGACACAUACACUCAAGAGAAUGGUCAACAUGCACAUAACGCCUCCUUUCCAGCUGCAGCCGCCACUAUCACUCCCUCCUCCGCCUAUGUCAACGCAGCGGCGGCGACUCAUCAGCUCGCCGCCACUCAGUCAGUCCCUGGCCUGCCCUCAGCCUCUGCCUCCCUUUCAGCUGCAGCCGCCACUAUCACUCCCUCCUCCGCCUAUGUCAGCGCAGCGGCGGCGACUCAUCAGCUCGCCGCCACUCAGUCAGUCCCUGGCCUGCCCUCCGCCUCUGCCUCCCUUUCAGCCGCAGCCGCCACUAUCUCUCCCUCCUCCGCCUAUGUCAUCGCGGCGACUCAUCAGCUCGCCGCCUCUCACACAAUCCCUGGCCUGCCCUCCGCCUCUGCCUCCCCUUCAGCUGCACCCGCCACUAUCUCUCCCUCCUCCGCCUUUUGGACCUCUGACAUCACUCCCUCCUCCGCCUAUGUCAACACAGCGGCGACUCAUCAGCUCGCUGCCACUCAGUCAGUCCCUGGCCUGCCCUCAGCCUCUGCCUCCCUUUCAGCUGCAGCCGCCACUAUCACUCCCUCCUCCGCCUAUGUCAACGCAGCGGCGGCGACUCAUCAGCUCGCCGCCACUCAGUCAGUCCCUGGCCUGCCCUCCGCCUCUGCCUCCCUUUCAGCCGCAGCCGCCACUAUCUCUCCCUCCUCCGCCUAUGUCAACGCAGCGGCGGGGACUCAUCAGCUUGCUACCCGGAUCUCUCCCUCCGCUGCCUAUGUGCACGUCUCGGUUCCUGGCCAGUCCAGGCCCGCCGUUGCACCUGGAUCGACCUCCCUGCCACCUGCUCCCAGUGCACUCUCACCCUCGCCCUCCUAUAUCAAUCCUGGGUUGCACCCAACCAGCUCAGGUCAGCCUGGCUCCGGCCUCAUCCCACAAGCCUCUGCACCCCCUGCUGCCGCUGUGGCGCCCCCUACUGCACAAUUGCAGCCGUCUGGACUCCCAUGGGCACUCCGUGUGCGCAAACAGAAGUCCGCUCUCCCAGACCCUGGACCAUCACAUGUGGAGGCCGGGUCGGAUGAAGGCUCCGACGAUGAUGACUCCUUCGAGAAUGAAGUUGAGCAUGAUGGUGAACAGCGGCCUGCUACAACCAGGGUUUCGCGAGCCGCUUUUGAGGCCGCGCAAGCGCAAAUCCGACAACAGGCGCGACGCAUAGCUGAGUUGGAGAAUCAGCAACCUCAGCAAAAAGGCCCUCAUGCUGGCAGUCAUGCCAUGGAUCAGCGCCAGGCCAACAUGCCCAGCCCUUCCCGACAGUUGCCGGUUGCACCCCAGCUUGCUCCUUCAACCACUCGACCUUGCACCCAGCCAAAUGCAACACCGACCCUGAUUUUCUCACCAGUGGUGUGGCCACGAACGCAGGCCGCUUUUAGCCGUGCUGUGGCAAAGGCACACAUCAGACGACAGGCCAUCGACUGCUCUGCAAUGUCGCCACGGCAACACGGGUGGUACAAUAACGUCAUCACGGCGUUAGAUGCUUUCCCGGAUGUGAACGGGGACCUUAAGGACCACGUGGAUGAGGCUCUUGAUAUCAUGUUUUUUGACACCCCAGUCACUGAUUUCACAAUGUGGCCUAGUACCGAACGCCUAGAGGCGGCCCUGCGCAAGGCCCUAGGCCUCAAUGAGCCGGAAGAGCAUUUUAUAGUGCGUAUGGUUCUGAAAGCUGACAAGUACAGGAACGGCUACAUUCGUGACAUGAUUCAAGCGUAUCGCAACGACGCAUUGACGGAUGGGCGCAAUUGGGUGUACGACGACUUCGACUUGUACGUGCGACGGCCAAGGCUCGGUGGGAAGAAAGUAGGCACCCUCACGACAGUGCUGUUCUUGGACCAGUACGUUGAAAUGUACCCUCUUUCCCUCCCUGUUUUCCCCUCCCCACCCCAGCAGCAAGCAAUGCCAGCCAAGGCAGAGCCCAACAGUCCCCAGUGUACCCUCUUUCCCUCCCUGUUUUCCCCUCCCCACCCCAGCAGCAAGCAAGGCCAGCCAAGGCAGAGCCCAACAGUCCCCAGUGUACCCUCUUUCCCUCCCUGUUUUCCCCUCCCCACCCCAGCAGCAAGCAAGGCCAGCCAAGGCAGAGCCCAACAGUCCCCAGUGUACCCUCUUUCCCUCCCUGUUUUCCCCUCCCCACCCCAGCAGCAAGCAAGGCCAGCCAAGGCAGAGCCCAACAGUCCCCACAGCAAGCAAAGCCAGCCAAGGCAGAGCCCAACAGUCCCCAGUGUACCAUCUUUCCCUCCCUGUUUUCCCCUCCCCACCCCAGCAGCAAGCAAGGCCAGCCAAGACAGAGCCCAACAGUCCCCAGUGUACCCUCUUUCCCUCCCUGUUUUCCCCUCCCCACCCCAGCAGCAAGCAAAGCCAGCCAAGGCAGAGCCCAACAGUCCCCAGUGUACCCUAUUUCCCUCCCUGCUUUCCCCUCCCCACCCCAGCAGCAAGAAAGGCCAGCCAAGGCAGAGCCCAACAGUCCCCAGUGUACCCUCUUUCCCUCCCUGUUUUCCCCUCCCCACCCCAGCAGCAAGCAAGGCCAGCCAAGGCAGAGCCCAACAGUCCCCAUUGUACCCUCUUUCCCUCCCUGUUUUCCCCUCCCCACCCCAGCAGCAAGCAAGGCCAGCCAAGGCAGAGCCCAACAGUCCCCAGUGUACCCUCUUUCACUCCCUGUUUUCCCCUCCCCACCCCAGCAGCAAGCAAAGCCAGCCAAGGCAGGGCCCAACAGUCACCAGUGUACCCUCUUUCCCUCCCUGUUUUCCCCUCCCCACCCCAGCAGCAAGCAAGGCCAGCCAAGGCAGAGCCCAACAGUCCCCAUUGUACCCUCUUUCCCUCCCUGUUUUCCCCUCCCCACCCCAGCAGCAAGCAAGGCCAGCCAAGGCAGAGCCCAACAGUCCCCAGUGUACCCUAUUUCACUCCCUUUUUUUCCCUCCCCACCCCAGCAGCAAGCAAAGUCAGCCAAGGCAGAGCCCAACAGUCCCCAGUGUACCCUCUUUCCCUCCCUGUUUUCCCCUCCCCACCCCAACAGCAAGCAAGGCCAGCCAAGGGAGAGCCCAACAGUCCCCAUUGUACCCUCUUUCCCUCCCUGUUUUCCCCUCCCCACCCCAGCAGCAAGCAAGGCCAGCCAAGGCAGAGCCCAACAGUCCCCAGUGUACCCUCUUUCACUCCCUGUUUUCCCCUCCCCACCCCAGCAGCAAGCAACGCCAGCCAAUGCAGAGCCCAACAGUCCCCAGUGUACCCUCUUUCCCUCCGUGUUUUCCCCUCCCCACCCCAGCAGCAAGCAAGGCCAGCCAAGGCAGAGCCCAACAGUCCCCUGUGUACCCUCUUUCCCUCCCUGUUUUCCCCUCCCCACCCCAGCAGCAAGCAAAGCCAGCCAAUGCAGAGCCCAACAGUCCCCAGUGUACCCUCUUUCCCUCCCUGUUUUCCCCUCCCCACCCCAGCAGCAAGCAAGGCCAGCCAAGGCAGAGCCCAACAGUCCCCAGUGUACCCUCUUUCCCUCCCUGUUUUCUCCUCCCCACCCCAGCAGCAAGCAAGGCCAGCCAAGGCAGAGCCCAACAGUCCCCAUUGUACCCUCUUUCCCUCCCUGUUUUCCCCUCCCCACCCCCCCAGCAGCAAGCAAGGCCAGCCAAGGCAGAGCCCAACAGUCCCCAGUGUACCCUCUUUCCCUCCCUGUUUUCCCCUCCCCACCCCAGCAGCAAGCAAAGCCAGCAAAAUGCAGAGCCCAACAGUCCCCAGUGUACCCUCUUUCCCUCCCUGCUUUCCCCUCCCCACCCCAGCAGCAAGCAAGGCCAGCCAAGGCAGAGCCCAACAGUCCCCAGUGUACCCUCUUUCCCUCCCUGUUUUCCCCUCCCCACCCCCAGCAGCAAGCAAGGCCAGCCAAGGCAGAGCCCAACAGUCCCCAGUGUACCCUCUUUCCCUCCCUGGUUUCCCCUCCCCACCCCAGCAGCAAGCAAGGCCAGCCAAGGCAGAGCCCAACAGUCCCCAGUGUACCCUCUUUCCCUCCCUGUUUUCCCCUCCCCACCCCAGCAGCAAGCAAGGCCAGCCAAGGCAGAGCCCAACAGUCCCCAGUGUACCCUCUUUCCCUCCCUCUUUUCCCCUCCCCACCCCAGCAGCAAGCAAAGCCAGCAAAAGGCAGAGCCCAACAGUCCCCAGUGUACCCUCUUUCCCUCCCUGUUUUCCCCUCCCCACCCCAGCAGCAAGCAAUGCCAGCCAAGGCAGAGCCCAACAGUCCCCAGUGUACCCUCUUUCCCUCCCUGGUUUCCCCUCCCCACCCCAGCAGCAAGCAAGGCCAGCCAAGGCAGAGCCCAACAGUCCCCAGUGUACCCUCUUUCCCUCCCUGUUUUCCCCUCCCCACCCCAGCAGCAAGCAAUGCCAGCCAAGGCAGAGCCCAACAGUCACCAGUGUACCCUCUUUCCCUCCCUGUUUUCCCCUCCCCACCCCAGCAGCAAGCAAAGGCCAGCCAAGGCAGAGCCCAACAGUCCCCAGUGUACCAUCUUUCCCUCCCUGUUUUCCCCUCCCCACCCUAGCGGCAAGCAAGGCCAGCCAAGGCAGAGCCCAACAGUCCCCAGUGUACCCUCUUUCCCUCCCUGUUUUCCCCUCCCCACCCCAGCAGCAAGCAAAGCCAGCCAGGCAGAGCCCAACAGUCCCCAGUGUACCAUCUUUCCCUCCCUGUUUUCCCCUCCCCACCCCAGCAGCAAGCAAGGCCAGCCAAGACAGAGCCCAACAGUCCCCAUUGUACCCUCUUUCCCUCCCUGUUUUCCCCUCCCCACCCCAGCAGCAAGCAAAGCCAGCCAAGGCAGAGCCCAACAGUCCCCAGUGUACCCUCUUUCCCUCCCUGCUUUCCCCUCCCACCCCCAGCAGCAAGCAAAGCCAGCAAAAGGCAGAGCCCAACAGUCCCCAGUGUACCCUCUUUCCCUCCCUGUUUUCCCCCUCCCCACCCCAGCAGCAAGCAAGGCCAGCCAAGGCAGAGCCCAACAGUCCCCCAGUGUACCAUCUUUCCCUCCCUGUUUUCCCCUCCCCACCCUAGCGGCAAGCAAGGCCAGCCAAGGCAGAGCCCAACAGUCCCCAGUGUACCCUCUUUCCCUCCCUGUUUCCCCUCCCCACCCCAGCAGCAAGCAAAGCCAGCCAAGGCAGAGCCCAACAGUCCCCAGUGUACCAUCUUUCCCUCCCUGUUUUCCCCUCCCCACCCCAGCAGCAAGCAAGGCCAGCCAAGACAGAGCCCAACAGUCCCCAUUGUACCCUCUUUCCCUCCCUGUUUUCCCCUCCCCACCCCAGCAGCAAGCAAAGCCAGCCAAGGCAGAGCCCAACAGUCCCCAGUGUACCCUCUUUCCCUCCCUGCUUUCCCCUCCCCACCCCAGCAGCAAGCAAUUCCAGCCAAGGCAGAGCCCAACAGUCCCCAGUGUACCCUCUUUCCCUCCCUGUUUUCCCCUGCCAACCCCAGCAGCAAGCAAGGCCAGCCAAGGCAGAGCCCAACAGUCCCCAGUGUACCCUCUUUCCCUCCCUGUUUUCCCCUCCCCACCCCAGCAGCAAGCAAUGCCAGCCAAGGCAGAGCCCAACAGUCACCAGUGUACCCUCUUUCCCUCCCUGUUUUCCCCUCCCCACCCCAGCAGCAAGCAAGGCCAGCCAAGGCAGAGCCCAACAGUCCCCAUUGUACCCUCUUUCCCUCCCUGUUUUCCCCUCCCCACCCCAGCAGCAAGCAAGGCCAGCCAAGGCAGAGCCCAACAGUCCCCAGUGUACCCUCUUUCACUCCCUGUUUUCCCCUCCCCACCCCAGCAGCAAGCAAAGCCAGCCAAGGUAGAGCCCAACAGUCACCAGUGUACCCUCUUUCCCUCCCUGUUUUCCCCUCCCCACCCCAGCAGCAAGCAAGGCCAGCCAAGGCAGAGCCCAACAGUCCCCAUUGUACCCUCUUUCCCUCCCUGUUUUCCCCUCCCCACCCCAGCAGCAAGCAAGGCCAGCCAAGGCAGAGCCCAACAGUCCCCAGUGUACCCUAUUUCACUCCCUUUUUUUCCCUCCCCACCCCAGCAGAAAGCAAAGUCAGCCAAGGCAGAGCCCAACAGUCCCCAGUGUACCCUCUUUCCCUCCCUGUUUUCCCCUCCCCACCCCAACAGCAAGCAAGGCCAGCCAAGGGAGAGCCCAACAGUCCCCAUUGUACCCUCUUUCCCUCCCUGUUUUCCCCUCCCCACCCCAGCAGCAAGCAAGGCCAGCCAAGGCAGAGCCCAACAGUCCCCAGUGUACCCUCUUUCACUCCCUGUUUUCCCCUCCCCACCCCAGCAGCAAGCAACGCCAGCCAAUGCAGAGCCCAACAGUCCCCAGUGUACCCUCUUUCCCUCCGUGUUUUCCCCUCCCCACCCCAGCAGCAAGCAAGGCCAGCCAAGGCAGAGCCCAACAGUCCCCUGUGUACCCUCUUUCCCUCCCUGUUUUCCCCUCCCCACCCCAGCAGCAAGCAAAGCCAGCCAAUGCAGAGCCCAACAGUCCCCACUGUACCCUCUUUCCCUCCCUGUUUUCCCCUCCCCACCCCAGCAGCAAGCAAGGCCAGCCAAGGCAGAGCCCAACAGUCCCCAGUGUACCCUCUUUCCCUCCCUGUUUUCUCCUCCCCACCCCAGCAGCAAGCAAGGCCAGCCAAGGCAGAGCCCAACAGUCCCCAUUGUACCCUCUUUCCCUCCCUGUUUUCCCCUCCCCACCCCAGCAGCAAGCAAGGCCAGCCAAGGCAGAGCCCAACAGUCCCCAGUGUACCCUCUUUCCCUCCCUGUUUUCCCCUCCCCACCCCAGCAGCAAGCAAAGCCAGCAAAAGGCAGAGCCCAACAGUCCCCAGUGUACCCUCUUUCCCUCCCUGUUUUCCCCUCCCCACCCCAGCAGCAAGCAAGGCCAGCCAAGGCAGAGCCCAACAGUCCCCAGUGUACCCUCUUUCCCUCCCUGUUUUUCCCCUCCCCACCCCAGCAGCAAGCAAGGCCAGCCAAGGCAGAGCCCAACAGUCCCCAGUGUACCCUCUUUCCCUCCCUGGUUUCCCCUCCCCACCCCAGCAGCAAGCAAGGCCAGCCAAGGCAGAGCCCAACAGUCCCCAGUGUACCCUCUUUCCCUCCCUGUUUUCCCCUCCCCACCCCAGCAGCAAGCAAGGCCAGCCAAGGCAGAGCCCAACAGUCCCCAGUGUACCCUCUUUCCCUCCCUCUUUUCCCCUCCCCACCCCAGCAGCAAGCAAAGCCAGCAAAAGGCAGAGCCCAACAGUCCCCAGUGUACCCUCUUUCCCUCCCUGUUUUCCCCUCCCCACCCCAGCAGCAAGCAAUGCCAGCCAAGGCAGAGCCCAACAGUCCCCAGUGUACCCUCUUUCCCUCCCUGUUUUCCCCUCCCCACCCCAGCAGCAAGCAAGGCCAGCCAAGGCAGAGCCCAACAGUCCCCAGUGUACCCUCUUUCCCUCCCUGA